GCUUUCGAUUAAGCGGGGGUGGAAGAGCAAAAGAACAAGCCGGAUCAUUAUUAUUGUUAUUAUUGAUAUUGUUACUAUUUAUUGUUGUUGAGAUGGUUUCCGUUAUCACCUCUUCAGUCUCGCAGUCCAAGAUGUUGACGAGCCCGGCGCCGAUCCUGAAAACCUCCAAGCUGAAGACGACCGGAGUAAAACGCAAAAUGUCGGAGAUGGAGGAGCUUUCGCUUUCGCCGCCCUCGUCCGUCGCCUCGGAUGCCAGUGACGGGGCCCCCAGCCCGAAGAAGCGGGCCCGCGUGCAGUUCGAACCCAACGUCGAGAUGCGCCAGUUACCCUUACCCCGGGAUGAGAUGGUCAAGAGUGCCGCUGUGGUGCGGGAGGAAGUGCGUCGCGCCAUUCAACGACACAUCUCGGGCACAGACAGCGAGGCGUACGACCGGGUCAAGGAGAUCUUCUCGGCGGAUCCCAAGCAGACGAACACCAACAACAGCAACGAAGAUCAUCAUCAUUCCUACAAUCUACCCUCGCAUACAACCUUGAAACACCACCUGAUGGGCCUGCUGGCGAAUGUGGCCUCGCUGGACCGCAGCUGCAACGGGCUGGUCAACGCCGUGCUGAACAGUGACUGGCUCGGCCGGGACGAGUCGUAUAUCAAGCUGUACAUUCGGUUCCUGGGUAACCUGGCGGCCGCCCAGGGGACGUACCUGGGCUCGGUGCUGAAGAUGCUGGUGGGAUAUUUGGCCGAGGUGCCCCGGGCGACGGGCAAGCUUCCGGGAUACCCUCUCGUGCGACUAUCGGACAUCUACACCCGCACCCACAUGGCGCUCCGCUACGUGAUCCAGCUGAUUCCCGCGGGCAGCGGGGCACUGUCGCCCAUCCUAUCGAUGCAAUUCCCCUUUGAAACGGACUCGGCCAAGACGAACAUCGCGUACACUCGUAAUCUGGUCAAGAUCAUCACCUAUGCGCCGGAACUGCAGGCGGAUAUCUUGGCGCUCAUCACGGAGAAGAUCGUCAAGGUGGACGUGCAGAUCCAGGUGGACAUGGAAGACUUUGAAGAAGAGAUCGACGAGGAUGUCCUGCACGAUGCUGCUGGCGAGGAUGAGGACGACGCCGACGCCGACGCCGACGCCGAUGACAAUGCGUCGGUGAUGAGUGACGACUCGGUCGAUGACGACACGAAACGCAUCCGCACGAUCAAAGACAACAUUUGCAAGCUGGACGGGAUGAUCGACGUGCUGUUUGAAUACUACUCGCCGCCCUUUACGACGGGCACGCUCGCGGACAAGGAGAACGCGCUCGACCUGCUACUGAGUCACUUCCAGAGCAUCAUCCUGCCGACGUAUCGCUCGCGGCAUACGCAGUUCCUGCUGUUCCACUUCUCGCAGACGUCGCCCAUCCUGGUGGACCGGUUCGCGACCACGUGCGUCCAGCUGAUCUUCAGCAAGCUGCAGCCGGGGAUCAUCCGGCAAUCUGCGGCGGCGUACCUGGCCAGUUUUGUGGCUCGCGGCGCGCACGUCUCGGGCGAAGUGGUCCGGGACGUCUUCGACCUGCUGGGCAUGCACCUGACGAACCUGCGGACAGACUACGAGGCUACGUGCCGGGGCCCCGAUCUGCGGCGGUACGGCCCAUUCUACUCGACGGCGCAGGCGCUGCUGUACAUCUUCUGUUUCCGAUGGCGAGACCUGACGACGGCGGCGACCGAGGGCGCGACUCUAGACGAGGACGAAGACAUGGAACCCGUCACUUUCCCCCCCGCGAUCAAGGAGGUGCUCUUCAACGCGAUCACGUCGAAACUGAACCCGCUCAAGGUAUGCUCGCCGGCCAUCGUGGCGGAGUUUGCGCGCAUCGCGCACCAUCUAGACUUCAUCUACGCGUACAGCAUCAUCGAGACGAACAAGAAGCUGCGCGUCUCGUCCUUUCGCAGCCUCGCCGCGUUUGCAGACCCGCGCUUCAGCCAGGUCGAGCGCGAGACCCGCGCAGGCGACGAUCUGGGCUACCAGCUUGACGCCUACUUUCCCUUUGAUCCGUACCAGCUGCCACGCAGCCGACGGUGGCUGGAGGGCGACUAUGUGGAGUGGCGGGGGAUUCCUGGGUUAGACGACGACGACGAGGAGGAUGAAGACGAUGAUGAGGGGGAUGAGGGGGAUGAAGGGGAUGAAGACGAGGAUGAUCUAGGGGAGUCAGAGUCUGAUUUUGACGAUUAAUACCCAAAAGUAUCUAGCGCGGUGUACGGUGUUAUUGAAACAAUAGGAAGAUUAAGAACAAUAUGAACAUGAACAAUAUGAACAUGAACAAUAGGAACAAUAGGAAGAAUCUCAGAACAAUACUAGCCACCACAUACAUACUAUACCCAAGGUAUAUAUAUACCUUAU